CCGUUUAUGGAUUAAUAUUUGCCCUAUCAAAUUAGCUGUUGCCGGCUUUCUCACCACGCUUCGUAGCUGCGAAAUUACUUUUUUUUUUCUCUAAAAUAGGACCAGUGAUAACCGCCGGUUAAUAAUCGGUCCCUUUUUUAACAAAAAGCUUUGUAUCUCAUCUACGAAUCAUCGUGAGAAAGCCUGCAACAUCUUAUUUGAUAGAGCAAAUAUUUCUGCAUAAAACUGUCGACUUGAAAAAGUUUUGAAAGGUUUCUCCGAUUUUUAAAACUACUGCUCCCGAGAGCCCCGAUAAAAUAACCGUUGCAUGCCUAAAUAGAAGUGCAUUCAUUCCAUGCUUGAAACGCGUGUCUUAUAUCGAUCAAAUGGCUAAAAUACGAGUUUCAAGCAUCGAUUGAACGCGCUUCUGUGAAAUCGUCGUCUACUAUUGCGUUGUUUACAAGCGUUUGGACACCAUUUCAAACCAGAAAAGGCCUUAUGGAUACUAUGCCUUCAAUGAGUGGUGUCCAAUAAUUGUCAAAAAACAAUUUUAUACUUUUAAACGACUUACAAGUUGUUUUACAAAUCAAAGUAAUUAUAAUAAUAAAAGAAAAGAAUUACAUUAAAGAAAACUUACUGAUCGCCAAAGUGAAGUGAAAGUAUUUUUCAUUUAGUACUGUUUCCAACAAUAGUUUUAUGACAAUAUAAGAGAGUUAAUAAAUCUAAUCUAUUAAAAUACGUUCAGACUAUCACAACAAAAGUCAAAAAUACUGUUUAUCGGCGUAUUUGCUCACUAAACACAAAUAUGCAGUCGUUCUUUCAUUCAUAGUCUUCUCAGAUGAUCAUCGCUCGUCCAAUUGUACAUAUAUAUAUAAAAUGAGUCAUUUUUAUAGCAUUCAUAGAAAGUUUAUUACAGAUGGAAUUGUAUAGAACAAGAAUUUUUUUUCUCUCGUUCUCUGUAUGUACACAUUGUUUUUCUAAACACUUUAUUUCUAUUCUACAGUGAUGUGAUGCUGAUGAUCAUAGUGCAAAAAAAAGAAUACAGAAAGAAAGAUAUUAGUACAGAAAUAUAUUGUUGGUUGGCUAAUUCAUUGAGUUUAAAUGCAUAUGGCUACUACAAUCGAAUAUAAAAAAUAGAUUGUAUAUUAUUAUAGUAAUUGUCAAUAGACCAGAAAAUAAAGAAUUUUAUUAGAACUGAUUAUUUAUACUUUUUCAAUUAUCUAAUAUUAAAAAUGAAUUAAUUGAUAUUUAGUUUCUAAUAUUUUUCAUCAAUUAUUUUAAGCACAUCGACAGCUCAAGAAAAGAAUUUUGCAACUCUUGUUCCUCUUAGUACAUUUUUUUUACAAAAAUCGUGAACAGAUUUCACUGAAAAUGUGACUGUCAUACGCUUCAAGGGAUCUUCCCGUCAAUGUUUUUCCAUUAAUAUGCAUUAUCAUUAAGUGAUUACGUUUUUUAUUAUUGCCUGUUAGUGUACUAUUCAAUUAAUAAUAGCCUUCAAAAAUAUUGUUACAAAAUAACUACAUAAUAUAUCUUCCUCAAUGACCAAAACACAGUAAUGCUAUCAUAUUGUAAUAAGUUCUAUGUAUUUGUAAGAACUAUAAAUGUCACAUACUAAGAGAGCCUAGAUGAAGAAAUAACAUUUAUUAUCUGUGUUUUUUUCCUAUAUCCUAGUAUACAUCAGCUAUAAGAUGAUACAAUCAUUUGAACUCUUGCAUAGAAGCUGUCAAUCGACAACGAGAUUAAUCCUGUCAAGAGAAGAAAAUGAUAAUAUUGCAGAAAAAGCAAUAUAAACACAAGUAAAUUUAGCGAAUAUAACAGUUAGUUUAUAGGUACUCGUUUCAACUUCUAUAUUCAAAACAUUGCCAUGAUUUUCUGUUGGAAUACUAUUGCUUUGUUAAUCUUUUUUAUUGUUAUUAAUGUAUCAGUAACAGGUAUCAAUUUUAUAAUUAAUUAUCACUACUAAUUUCAAAAACUUGAAUAGACGUAAUUGACAUCAACAUGUUCGUUUUUGUUUUGUAUAGAAUCUUUUCGCGAUAAUGCUGAACAUUGUUGCGAUGUUGGCAAAAGUUUGGCCGAAACAAAAUCGUGUGAUAUUUCUACAAUUAAAGAUCAAACAAAUGGUACUUGUCGAUAUUUAAUGUAUAUUUGUUGCUUAUCAAAAUUACGAAUACAAUAUUGUGAAGAAGGUGUUAAAACAGCUCUAAGACUACUACCAUGUAAUGAAACGAGUUUUGUAAUCAAAGAUACCCAUCAGAUGUGUUGUACGUGUUGUGAAUUGGGUGUGAAAGCUGGAAGAGACAAAGAGGACUGUGAACCGUUGAAUGUAUUGGAAGAAGGAUGCGGUGAACAAUUUCAGAAUUGUUGUAAAAAAGCAAAAUCAUUAAUCUGUGAUUCGGGAUUUGAACUCGGUGACGAAGAACAAUGUCGAGAUAUUGAUGAGUGUUUAACAAAUCCUUGUGCAAAAACAAUGAAGUGUGAAAACAUACCUGGAAGUUAUAUCUGUGUUGAAGGUUGCAAACCGGGAUAUCGUUGGAAUCAAAAAUACGAAGAAUGUCGGGGUAUCGUUACUACCUACUAUGCGUUAUAA